GCAUUGGUAGUUGUCAGCACGGAUUGGUUUGUCAUGGACCAACCAAAUUACUAACCCUGCUUAAUGCAAGAAAAAAAUUUAAUUUGAGAGUAAUUUUGACCGCUGUGUCCGAAGACUUGUUUAACCACAAAGACCUUCGUCUUCUCGUUCGGUGUUAGGCUACUGGGGGAAAAACAUGAGCUCCCUGCUGCACUAUUGUUAGCCUUUGUGCUAAAAUGAGUGUUAAACAAAGCGGCGUUUGUCAAUGAAGCCGUAAACUCAUCAGCGGAUGAGUAUGCCAGCUAAUGUUUAGUUACAGUUUGAAACAAGAAGCAAAACGCCCGACUUUCCCCUUGAAGAUAGCGAGCAUCCAUUUUGUGCUUUCUAGAAUUUACCACAGCUAGCUCUCAUAGCCUUGUUAGCCCCAUAUUAUUGCAACAGUGAAUAAAACACGGAUAAAUAUUGCCCUUCUUGUUCUCCUAUGUUGUCCUAGAUAUCAAAAUUAUAUUUUAAGAUACAUUGUUGAAUUUAUUUAAGAUAAGUAGGCGUUGCGUGUUUAAAAUUAAAGCAACCAAACACGGCAAAAAUAAAAAAUAAAGAACGACUUAUUUUACGAGGAGGAUUGAUAAUCUUAAAGCAUGGAGCAGUACACCACUGCCACCACUACAACAGGGGAGCAGAUUGUUGUGCAGACUGCAAAUGGACAGAUCCAGCAGCAGACACAAGGCACAGUGACGGCUGUGCAGCUGCAAGCAGAGGCGCCAGGCCAGCAGGUGCAGACACUCCAGGUAGUGCAGGGGCAGCCCCUAAUGGUACAGGUGAGCGGCGGACAGCUCAUUACAUCGUCAGGCCAGCCCAUCAUGGUGCAAGCCAUGUCGGGGAGUCAAGGUCAGACCAUAAUGCAGGUUCCUGUGUCUGGAGCUCAAGGUCUGCAGCAGAUCCAACUGGUGCAGCCUGGUCAGAUACAGCUGCAAGGUGGUCAGACUCUGCAGCUCCAGGGCCAGCAGGGUCAGCCUCAACAAAUCAUCAUCCAGCAGCCCCAGACGGCCAUCACUGCUGGACAGAACCAGAGCCAACAGAUCAGCGUCCAGGGUCAACAGGUGGCACAGACAGCUGACGGCCAGACCAUCGUCUACCAGCCCGUCAAUGCAGAUGGCUCUGUUCUACAGCAGGGAAUGAUCACAAUCCCCGCUGCCAGCUUGGCAGGUGCUCAGAUAGUGCAAGCAACAGGGGGCGCUAACACCAACACUACCAACAGCGGCCAAGGCACUGUGACCGUCACCCUGCCUGUCUCCGGCAACAUGGUCAAUGCAGGUGGAAUGGUCAUGGUAAGACCCUGUGCAGAGAUGGUGCCGGGUGGAGGCGGCGUUCCCACCAUGCAGCGUAUCCCCCUCCCGGGAGCUGAAAUGCUGGAGGAAGAGCCUCUAUACGUCAACGCCAAACAAUACCAUCGUAUUCUGAAGCGAAGGCAAGCCCGGGCCAAACUGGAGGCUGAGGGCAAGAUCCCCAAGGAGAGGAGGAAAUAUCUACACGAGUCCCGUCACCGUCAUGCAAUGCAGCGUAAGCGUGGAGACGGAGGGCGGUUCUUCUCCCCUAAAGAAAAGGAGGAGGCGGCUUUAGGCCUAUCGCAACAGGAAAUCGCCCCGGCAGCAACAGAUGAGACAGUGACUCAGAUGAUCAGAGUGUCCUAGCAUUUUCCCUGACAUCAUGACCUGCUUGUGACUCUUCAACCCAGCUAACCAUCCGACACACUCUUCUGUAGUCCUCAACAAACCCAGCAGUGCUUUCACUGUGGCGUUUUCUUUUCUCUCUCAACUUCUUGACUGGACUUCCAGGGAGCUGGCUGUGCCACAGCUGAGCCAGGAGACUUCUCUGGUCUUCAUUGAAAUGGAGGAUGUUAUCAUGUUGGCUGAUCCUAGUUUCGUUGUGUUUUUCUGUUUUAAGGUUCUUUUUUUUUUUUUUUUUUGUCAAGUCAUCACACAGAGGGAAAAAAAAAAAAAGACAGUCACAAAGCCAUACUCUCAGACUCUGGUCUGUUGACAAUUUGUUGAUCUGUCUCCAGUUGACACUUUUUUUUUUUAAUGGUACUAUUUUUUUUGUUUUGUUUUCUGGCGCAUUUGUUACUUUAUGCUACCCUUCUGUUUUAUAUCAUUGAUUCCUCCUUUACAUAAAAAUUUAAUUAUUUAAAUCCAUGUACUUUUUGGACUUGCCUAAUGGCUGCAUAGUACUUGGUGCUCCAGAGAUGUGAUAGUAAUGUGAAGACAUUGUAUAGAAGGACUUUUGUUCUGUGGAUGCAUUUUAUACAAUUUAUAGUUGGACUUUCUGUUUUGCUCGGGGGGGUUGGAGGGGGAACAGCAAUUCUUUGUAAUACACACUUCAUUCAUGUAUAGUUGAGAACUUUUCAUCUGUAAGUCCACCUAGGUGUGUUUUUUUCUUCUUUGUAGAUAGAAAUUUUUAUCCAUCAGCAUCUGUCAAUGUUAAUAUUUUUUUUAUAAUUGUGAAAAGGACAUUGUCUACAUAAAAACAUGUCAAUUAAAAUUUUAUUAAGAAAUUA